UUUAAACCGCUCAUAUAAACCGUUUCAUGAACUUCGUAGGUAUACCAGAUAUUAAUUAUUGGCAUGGUGUGAUCUAAGAAUGUAAAAUUAAUAGCAAAAGCAAAACAUUACUAAUUAAGCGGAUGAGUAUUAUACUUAAGAACAGGUAUCUGAUGAAUUGAAGGAGAUUGUUAAUUCACCGAGGAGCGGAGCAAGAAAUAAUGGUUGCUCGUGGUCCGUCUCGUGACAGUGGCUACGGAUGGGUAAUAGUGUUUGCAUUCUUUCUCAUGGAAGUUCUGGUUGAUGGCGUGAGGUUCUCAUUUGGGCUUUUCUUUGUCGAGUUUCUCUCGGAAUUCGGAAAGGGAAAGGCGGACACGGCAUGGAUUGGUGGAAUAAUGAUUGGCGUAUAUAAUCUAAGUGGUCCAAUAUUUUCCAUGAUAGUGAACAAAGUUGGGUAUAGAACAGCCUCAAUGAUAGGGUCAUUAAUUGCGACAGUGGGAUUCAUACUCAGUUCCUUCGCUACUGAAAUAUAUCACUUAUAUUUCACAUUUGGUGUUCUUCAAGGGUUCGGAUAUGGGCUGGCGUUUCUGGCAGGAACUGUCGCAGUUGGGAAAUAUUUCUACAAACGUCGUGCCCUUGCAAUUGGCAUUUCAUUUUGUGGAAGUGGCGUAGGAACAUUUGUUAUUCCGCCUUUAGUAAGACUUCUUGUUGAAAUAUAUACAUGGAGAGGAACAAUGUUCAUUCUGGCUGGGAUGGCGCUCAACGGCUGCGUUUUGGCUGCAUUAUAUCGCCCAAUAGAAGAUGAAAAUGACAUAAUAGUAGAUGAGGUCAAGGGUAAGAAACCUCGAAUAGAGGAUAGCAGAAAUGGUUUGCAAACACAUUGUGAAAAUGAUAUUGUUAUGAAACGAAAUGGUCACAUUUCAAACGGCACGCAAAGUCCUUUAUUAUAUGCCGAAAAGCGUUUAGAUCAAAAUGGUAUAGUUGAUAGUAAGAAAGAUUUAAGACAAACAAAGAUGGCGGCUUUUGAUGAUUUAAGAAAGGAAAGAUUUAAAACCCUGGCAGAUGGGACUGACCACGGAUCGUAUCGAAGUUUAAAUAUGUCUGUGCUGAGUCAAAGUAUUCUUGGAAGUAAUGCGUCGUUUGAAUAUAUCUUUGAUAAACGUUCUCAUAAAAUGUCCAACCUAACGUUGCGAGCACGCAGUGUAACAAGUGUGAAGACAGCUAUGGAUGACUCCGGGACAGAGUUUAAAUACUCAGUAAUAGAGGAUGUGUUUCCCAGAGCUUUAGUUACAAAUAUAAAUUUUAUAAUUAUGAUGAUCUCUUCAGCUUUUAUCGGUUUAACAUCAUUUGUGCCAUUUAGUAUGUUACCGGAUUUCGCGAUGUCUGUUGGAGCAUCGCCCCUGCAAGGAGCAUGGCUAUUAUCUACCCUUGGGAUUGGAGGGACUGUCAGUCGAGUUGGUGCCGGGAUACUGUCAGAUUUGCCGUGCGUUCACCGUCUAACACUAAAUGGUGUCUGCUUUCUCAUUAUCGGUGUCACAACAACGAUUGCAGCACUGGUUCCUCUAUAUGAAGUUCUAAUCACAUAUUCCACGUUAUUCGGAAUAUUUUAUGGUGCUAUCUAUGUCGUUCAACCAAUAGUGCUACUUGAAUAUUUUGGUGAACAAUACAUAAGUGAAGUGAUGGGAAUAAUGAUGUGUGUUUAUGGUGUAUCUAGUUUGAUCGGAAGUCCAUUAGCAGGCUGGAUUUUCGACUUUACGGGAAGCUAUCAGGUUAGCUUUCUAACUUCAGGGUUCUCUUUCUUCUUUGGUGGGGUCAUUAAUUUCUUCGUGCUGUGCACCAAGCCCAGCAGGGAGGCCAGGCGCUUAAUUAAACUGGAGUUGAAAGUUGACAAUGUAGAAGACAUUUAGGAAAUACGCCUGUUUAAAGCUCACUUCAGAGAUGUGGUAACAAGAGCAGGAACUAGAAAGAAAUAAACCUUUCUUGCAAGCAGCCGUUCAUGAAAACUAAUAUGAAUGCUUUUGUUGGCUGGUUCUCAUCCAGGUACAAAUAUAAAAAGAAGCAAUGUCUGUUGGCCGACCAGGCUCACAGAGGAAGUAACAGCUAAUUUCCAUCCAGGCUCAUAGAGGCAGGAGCAGUUGCUUGUGGCCGUACCGGCACAUAGAAGAAGAAUCAAUGGUUACAUCAAAUGCAGGCUCGCAGAAAUAGCAGCAAUGGUUGGUUCCCUGUCAGACCCAUAGAAAAAGAAGCAGUGGUAGGUUCGCGUCUAGAAGAAGAAAUGGUUUCUUUGCUCCAAUCCGGGCUCAUAGAAGAUGAAGAAGUAAACGUUAAUAAAUUAAUACAAAGUUGGUGUGUACGAUAUUUUGCGCUAGUUUAAAUGUUAAUACUGUGUUGUAAUAAUUCUUUAUUUUGUAAUAAAUAUUACCUGAUAUGA